AUGUUCUACUUUCAGUGUGAAAUGAGUCGGCGUGUAAGAACAACAUCAAUAUGGAAAAUAAAACUAGUAGAAAAUGGAGAGUCUGCCCAGCCAGCAGGACCCGUGGUUGACCAGCAGCCCAGUGAUGAACAACCUCAGAAAGAGGAGUCAUCCACUGAGACUCAGAAUAUUACACCUCAUCAAGAGAAAGGAGAUGCAGGAGCUUCUGAGGUUCAAGGGACUGACCUGGAAGCUGAUCUCCAAGAACUGGUGAAACCAAAGACUGGGGGCGAGGGUGGAGAUGAUCCUGAAGUUCUCGGGCACACUUGUGCAAAUCUAGAGCCCACUGAAAUGCCCAAAACAGGUAUAUUACUAAUGAAGAAUGCAAUUUAA